CUCAAGCUAUAAUUGACAGUAUAAAGUACCAAGCCAGCGCACGUGAGAUAUGGAUUAGGGUUAUUGACGCGAUUUGUUUUUAGUUUUAGUGGGAAAAUAAGCGGAAGUAUAGACAUUGAAUCACGAAUUGUUACACUUUCCAAGAACAUUCCAGAUGGGCAUUUUGCCGUGUUUCCGAAGACCGGAAUAGGACUAAGUCUCUGUCAACCAUCAUACAAGGCAAUUCCGGCAACCAUACUUAUUUCAAGAAUAUAGCAAGCUAUAAAACAAUUCAACCAAAAGCCGCACCAACCAUGUCGUCGUCUUUAUUGGGCUCAGAUAGUUCUGGUUUAAGUUAUACCAAUGAACGACCUGUCACUCCUUCAGAAAACAUAAUAUGCGAGAAAUGGUACUACACAUUACUAUCAUCUUUUCAUUAUAAAUGGCAGCAUAUUAAAGACUUAUACGCUGGUUCGUGGAGAGAAUUUCUUGGCAAGAAACUUGAAGCAAUUUUACGAUGUUUUUGUCUGCCGUGCUCAGGAUUAACACACGCACUUCAUGGUCGUCGCCAGUAUAACAAAUAUCAAACAGGAAUAAUGUAUCUUUAUUUUUACCUUUGCUCUUCCGUCGUCCUCAAUUUGGUUGUAGCGUUGAAGAAUGUUCAUUUGCCAAUGGCUGAAAACAUUCAAAAAAUAUUUGUAAUUCUAAGUAUGAUCGUCGCGAUUGUUCUAAUGUCGUAUUUGUACGAAGCAGGGACAAAUUCCAGCUCCGUUCAAACCCGGGGUACACUAUUGCGUCUAUUCUACGAAGGUGGUUUGAGUGUCUUCGGCAUUUCCACUUUUGGUUACAGCUUGUGUAUUGCGAUAGACAAUCUUUCAUGCGGCAAAAUGCUAGAUUCAGUUGUCGCAGCAAUGAAAGCAAUGUUUACCUUGUCACAGAUACCAUUUCUUCAUCAUUUUUAUGAAGCAAGAAUUCCAGAAAACACGCCGUUCAUUCAAAUCACCCUGGCUCAUCUUCUAGGAACAAAUUUGGCGCUCUGGUUUUGGGCUUUGUGUUCAGAACAGGCUGAAGAGAUGUUAAAAGAGUGUAAGAAUUAUCCCAUCAAGCUAGGAAACUCAGAACACUAUUUUAGCCCGUUUUUCGUAGAAUAUUUGUUGCUUGCUGCUAGUUUAUUUUAUCAAAUAUGGAGUAAUUUAUACACAAGAGAGGCGGGUGCUUGGUUACAACGUCACUGUCGUUCAUGCCACUGUCAAAUACCUGACGCUCUUCCAUCAGAAGACGUCGAAAAUACAAACGACUUUAAUGAUGUAACGAUUGAAGAAUCAAGAUGGAGAUCAGGAAAGGGUUGUUUUCUGGGUAGUUGCUUCGCUGUCUUUUUUAUUAUUUUGGUUUUAAUGGCGACUGACGCAAACCAUCAAAGCUAUCAUAUAGUGUAUUCAUUUGGGAUUUUCGUUCUCUACUUAACGCAAAUCCUGGCGUGUUUAAUCUCUAAACUAUCCUUACAAUCACACCAACGUGAGUCCGAACGCAGUUCAGUAGAUCAUGAAGAUCUUCUGCUGUACUUUUCUCUGACAGGUAUUCUACUGUGGCAUGCCUUUCACGUUUAUAGCUUACUAUUAAAUAGCGAUGAUUCAAGAUUUAUUGACAUUCCAAAAGAUCUACUGGGAAUGCUGCAACAUCUUAUUCAAACAGCCACCUUAAUAGACCUUCGCAGAUACAAAGCUCAACCUGUUCAAAACGCUGGUCACUCAUCAGCAUGGAUUUGUCACUGCGUCUUGUUUCUAAUGACAACUAAUCUUAUUUUAUGGGCAGAAUCAUCUUUUUUCUUAAAGGUUGACAUCACAACACCUGGGGAAACAUAUAUAAAAAUGCAACAUGAGUUGAAAACUAUUGGAUAUAUUAUUUAUCCAUUGAGUAUCUUUUUUAGAUUUCAUUCUUCUGUAUGCUGCCUAAUCGCAUGGGAUAUUUUUAGGGUCAAAUAAUUUAAUUAUUUUAAUUACGCCACAAGCAUUUCAAGAAUUACCUCUUUAGAAGAUGAUUUUACUCAUUUCGAAAUCUUUCCUGCUUUCUUUUCGACCUCAAUUUCUUCUCUUUUAAUCGGCGUUCAUUAUCAGAUUUCAUUCUAAAAAGAAAGGUUGAUCAUGAAAUAUUUAAUCAAGACAAUGCAAAUUCUGUAUGUUAUCUCUCUUAAUUUGCACAUUUCAAUUACUUUAACAAUUCAAACAAUUACCCACAUACAAUUCAUUAAUCUUUGCUUUCUUUUCUUCAGAUGUUUCACUUGGAAUAAUCGAGACAUUUUUUAAUAUUUC